AUGGAAUCUCGUUUCAUCUCUUAUUUCGGCUCUGCUGUAAGUGCCACUGUACUUGCAACUACCCUCUUCGCUUGCUGGAAUAUUUCGGAAGAACUCAACAGUUUGCAGGUCAUGUCCGACAAAAACAUGCAAGAUUUCAAGGUUUCAUUUCAAUAGUGACCUUUCUUGUCAAUCGAAUCGUUGUUUAGAUGAUCACCGAUCGCGCCUGGGACAGAAUGAUGUUCAAACAACUAUCGACGCCACCUUCCCCCAAUAUGAUUUUCGGAAGACAUAGGAGAUCAGGAGACAAGUGUAACUGCUCGCAAGAACCUUCCGAUUGUCCAGCAGGACCGGCUGGUCCGCAAGGAGAGAAAGGAAACGAUGGAGUUGAUGGAGCCGAUGGAAUUCCUGGAAUUCCAGGAGAAUACGGAGGCAUCGGAUUGGAACAGCCGUCCGAUGGAACUUGCAUCAAGUGCCCACCUGGACCAAAAGGACCACCAGGGUCUCCAGGAGAAGAAGGACCAGCUGGAGAGGCUGGAGAGGACGGUGAACCAGGAGUUCCUGGAAAUGACGGAGUUGAUGGAACUCCUGGAAAAGCCGGAGCACAAGGAAAGAAGGGACCACAAGGACCUUCAGGUACACCUGGAAGACCAGGUCAGCCGGGAAGAAAGGCAAUCGGAGAGCCAGGACCAAAGGGACCACCAGGACCACCAGGAACUGACGGAAGACGCGGAGAGGAUGGAUCUGAUGGAGACGACGGAGAAGAUGGACAGCCAGGAAAUGAAGGAGAGUCUGGAAAGGAUGGAACGCCGGGAGAGCCAGGACCUCAAGGAGAGCAGGGAACAGAGGGACAACCAGGAACAGAUGGGGCAUAUUGUCCGUGCCCGGCCAGAAGUAUCUCCAAGGUCGCUAUUCAUUGAAUUUUGUUUUUGUGACGUUUUUUAUCAAAUGAAUUGCGAAGAAGUAUUUGAAUUCUUUGUGAUUGUAAAGCAAGGUCAUCAGGUGAAGAGACCAUCGGAACGAAGACUGACUUAUGAUUACGAACUUCAAACAAUACCGUCAGGAACAUUACUGCUUCGGAAAUGACGAUGGAACUGUCUGUGUCCCUUGACCUGCCACGGUCUUUUGCAAGUCGAUUGGUGAACACAAACCGUCUUUGAUCAUCUGCUGCUACUGCUGUAAUCUUCCGCGCAGUAGCAGCAGCGGGUGAUUCUUCUUUUUUCGGCCACUUCGAGAGCGGUAUAAAAGGACGGCAGAUGACGCUGAAUGGCAUCUUGGCUUCAUCUAGCGAUGACCGGAACAACCUGCCUUGCUGUGGUCGCCGGCCUUUCGGGACUCGUCGUCUUCGGAGCUCUUCUCUCCGUCGCUCACAUCUACAACGACAUCAACUCGUUCGUUGACAGUGCCCAUAAGGAGCUCGGAGACUUCAAGGUGAACUUUUUUAUGUGGUUUGUAAACGUUCGAUACUUCAGGGAUUCGCGAAUGAUGCCUGGAACUCAAUGAUCAACCAUGAUGAUUCUGCCCGUGUUGCCCGCAGUGUCUUCGGACGUCGCCAGAAGAAGCAAUCUCAGUGCAACUGCGGACCACAAGCCUCCAACUGCCCAGCUGGACCACCAGGACCACCAGGAGCUCCAGGAGACAGAGGACUUGAUGGAAAGCCAGGACAGGCCGGAAAUCCGGGACAGCCAGGAGUUGCUGGACCACACAGCAAGGAACAGCAGGAGUGCAUCACUUGCCCAGCAGGAGCGCCAGGACCAGCCGGAGCCCCAGGAGCCCCAGGACCACAGGGACCAAACGGACAAGCAGGAGCCCCAGGACAAGGAGGAAGCCAGGGACCACCAGGACCACCAGGACCAGCUGGAGACGCCGGAGCCCCAGGACAGCCAGGAGCCCCAGGAAACCCAGGACAGGCCGGACGUGGAGGACAGCGCGGACGUGGACUCCCAGGACCAGCUGGAGCUCCGGGACCACAGGGACCACCAGGAGCCGCCGGACAUCCAGGACAGUCUGGAGGACAAGGACAACAGGGACCAGCUGGACAGCCAGGACCAGCCGGACAACCAGGACAGCCAGGACAAGACGGAGAGGCAGGAGCUCCAGGAAACGACGGAGCACCAGGAUCCGAUGCCGCUUACUGCCCAUGCCCAUCUCGUGGUGGCUCGUCUGCAGUCGAAAGCGUACCUGCCGAGCAAGGAUACCGUCACCGUGCUGUUGCUGCCCGCCACCGCAACGUUGUUCGUCGCCGUGUUGCCAAGAAGCGCGUUAUCAAAAAGAAACGUGUUGUCGCCCGUCAGGCUUAA